AUGUGCAAGGAGGAACCUGAUGGCGAAGGGAAGAUACCGCGGUCGACGAUCAGUGCAACGUACUUGGAGAGACAUCACUGCAGCGGAGAUGUGCACCGGCGGGUUUCUGGGCAAGGGAUCUCAACUACUAGCACUGCUGUAUUGGCAACUAGCAGCAGGGCUGACCGAGGGACUGAGACUACUGGAAAUACCGAUGAUAGCAUCAACCAGGGAUUUAGGGAGAAGGAGACGGCAGCCGAAGCAAGAACUCCUCCCGCCAUGGAGCGCAAUCUAUUUCUGAGCGCGCUCGCGAACGGAAAACUUGAGCACCACCGCGAUGACGUGGUUAUUACUCUGAAGCGAGUAGUCGCGGGUGGACUGGCCGGCAUGCUGGCAAAGUCAGUGGUGGCACCGGUAGAUAGGAUCAAGAUCCUCUUCCAGGUCACCAACGAGAGGUUUAGCUUCAAAAAGGCGGAGAAGCUAUUCCAGGACAUUCUAGCCUUGGAAGGCCCGGCCGGACUCUGGAAGGGCAACAGCGCGACGAUGAUUCGCGUGUUUCCGUAUGCGGGAACGCAGUUUAUGAUGUUCGAUUCGCUCAAACGGUGGGCCCUACUGCGGAAGACGCGCCGCGACCCAAACGCGGAACAACGACUUUCCAACACAGAGUCACUCAUGUCAGGGUCGUUAGCGGGAGCCACAUCCGCUUUGGUAACGUAUCCUCUGGACCUUGCACGGGCGAGACUGGCGGUUGGACAUGCCAGGAAACUGGGCGGACGACGAAGAAGCAUGGGAGUCCAAGAGCUGCUACAGACAGUGGUUCGCCAGGACGGUUUCAAGGCACUAUACCGCGGAGUGACGCCUAGUCUGCUGGGCAUCAUCCCCUACGCAGGGAUCGCGUUUUCCAUCAACGAGCAGGCAAAGCACAAGGUGGCUGUGUUGACGGGGAAGGAGCCAGGGACGUUUCACAAGCUGGGGAUCGGGGCUCUUGCUGGGCUCAUAGCGCAAAGCUGUACAUACCCGCUGGAGGUGACGAGAAGACGGAUGCAGACGCACGGACUCAUCGACACACACGCGGGGGUCAAGAAGGUGUUCGAGGUGCCGAAAUCAGGGGUGGAGAUGAAGCCGGAAUUUGUGCGCAGAUUAAAUAUUUUUCAAACGUUCAAGGCGGUUUUUAAAGAACAGGGAAUGGGAGGAUUAUUCAAGGGUCUGAGCAUGAACUGGGUCAAGGGGCCGGUGGGCAUCAGCAUCAGUUUUACUACGUUCGACUUCCUCAAGCGGCAGUUAGGCAUUUCAUGACCAUGCUACUGCUGUUUCAUGCACAAAGGACUUUGUGUAAGCUGCUUGAAAUGGGCAGCAGUACGCAUACGGUGUAAAUCUUGGGGUGGUGGAGAAGCUGAGGCGAGUCAGCCUUGCAAAAGUGUAGUCUUUAGAAUCCGAGCAGCUAGCUCUAACCCAGAGUGGUAUAUAGACUAUGUGUGUCUCUUUCCUGUUGAAAAGAACGACCAAUUUUGUUCCAUUGAACCAACAUGUUGUUGACCAUC